AUGUCAGAAGAACAAGGUAGAUGGUAUGAAAUUGCAAUCGGAGACACAUCUACAGUAUUUGCUUUCCAAGAUCCGCAAUCGAAAGAUCCAGAUGGUUGUAAAAUUAAAUUAAUCGAGAAAGUAUGUAAGCAGAGAAGACUCUACAGUCAACCGACGGUUCGAGCUCUGAUUAUCGAAAUGUAUUCAAUCUUUACCAAAUGUGAAUCUGCAACAACAGACGAUAAGAUUCUCGACGCAUCAACAACUUGUCAAGUUUCGACUGCGUAUCGAUCGUCUAUUAUGAAUGCUGCGAUCACUCAUUCGAGCAGCGAAUUCCUCACCGAUUUCGCGUUGUGGACUCUUUACGAGAAAUUGUAUUUCAACCGGGGCGACGGCUCAAUUUGCGCUGAUUUGAUCACAUGGUCCGAACAAAGUUUCUGGUUUGUCAAAGAAAAUGUCGAAAAGUCGGGAGAAUUGUUUGAGCCAGGAGUGGCCGUUCAAUCGGAUGAAUUCUGGAAAGGGGUUGCCAUCUCACUUCUUUGCUGCCAUUUCGAACGGACCAUUGAACUUCUAUCAUUAUUUACCGGAGAUUCAGCUGUGCAAGUUUUUGUCGAAUCUCUAUCAAUGUUCGAUCUCAGUUAUUUAAAUGAUGAAGCAACGACCGAUAAAAUCGUCGCUUGGAAAGAUGCAUUACGCGAAAAUCUAAAACGAGGGCGGUACGGAACUAACGAGAACAUCAUUUAUUUGACAAAAUUGCUUAUAGGCGAGGAAAAGUAUCUUCAUGCUCUUCCCAAGCGAGUAUUGACCGACUGGUGGCAUCUUCUUCCGUUUUACGUUUUAGUCAAAAAUCCAUUAGCCACAUUUGCGGAAGUUGUCGAUCUUGCCGAGAAUUGCUUUGCUAUUUUCCAUGACGAUGACGGAGAUAUGGAGAAAUUGCGACAACAGGACACAUUCUGGUGUAUAGUUUCUCGAGAUGAAGGCAAUUUUUAUCAGCAAAUAAUGCAAAAUCCAUGGCUUUCGGUUCAUUUGGUAGAUCUUAUUCAAAAAUCAACGCUUGAUCCGGAACUCGAGCCAAUUCGUCGCAAUUUGUUGCUCAACUACGCUAGCAGUUUGAUUUCGCAUUCCGAUUUGUGGGAAAUCGGAGCAGGAUAUUUGAUAAGUUGUGGUAUUGAGGGCCUUCUUCGUCUCGAAUCCCAUAUAGAAUCAAUGUAUAUCGAAGACGACGCAAUGGCCGAGAAGCUCUACGAAAUUUGCGAGGAAAAUCGAUUGUUGGACGCAAAAAGCUGUGUGACGAACACAAUGACGUUUAGAUAUUUGAAAAUGGGACAUUGGAGUGCGGCACUUGGAUGGGCACUCAAGUCGGGAACGAAGAAAACCAUUGAUAUUACAGUGACCAGGAUUGUGUCGACGAGUACCCGACAGGAACUCGCUUCCCUCAAUGUAAUCAAGGCUUUGUCCGAUGCAGCAGUUCUUUCACUGCCUUCUCUCACUUUCCUCUAUGCUUAUCAUGGAUUCAUGAAAGUAGUUCUGAGCGGACAAGUGAUGGAUUGCAUCAAGCAUUUGAUUCCAUUGAUUAUGAUGCCCGAUGUUCCAACUCAAUAUUAUUACGAUCUUUUCGAUUAUUUAAUUACAAUUCUAAAAGAAGAUGACCGAACCGGCCACGAAUUUCCGAAAGAACUUCUGUAUGAGUUGUCAACAUUCCUCGCCACAUUCACACUUGAUAAGCAACGAGAUCUCGAUGAGAAGUAUACGAAGAAGCUCAAAGUUCUAAAGAAGAUGGUGAUGUUGAAACUGGCUGAGUCGAUUUCCAAGGGAGUCACAAUUCAUUGCUACUAA